GUUCCGACUUACCUGUCACUUUAGUAUAAAAUAGAUGGAGAAUUUAUUAUGACAUCAGUACACUACGAGCUGAAACUAAAAUGUACACUGUACAAGCAUAUAUUUUGUGUGCCAUUCUGGCGACAGGUUACGCGGGCAACCAGCAAUGGACACCAUACAACAAUAUGAACAUGCAAGCAUAUUUACAACAGCAAAUGCAACAACAACAUGACCAACAGUUUCAACCAAGCGAGUAUUCAGGUUAUGACGAAGGCAGUUCUGAUCACGGUGACUUCAAUUCAUACAAUGGCCACGAUUUACAACCACAUUCUUACCCAGUUCACCAACAUGUUGAAGAAGAAAACCCAGAAGAAAUAAAACAUUAUAAAGAGGUCGUAGUACCAAUUCACAAGAACGUAGAAUUCAAAAUAAACCAGCCCGUUUUGAUACCGGUACCACAUCCCGUACCGAUUCAUGUACCGGUACCGAAAGCGGUAGUUAUACCUAUUAUUAAAGAGGUAUCUAUACCUGUAGAGAAAUCUGUACCCUACCCUGUAGAGAGGACAGUUCAUGUACCAAAGAUCAAGGAAGUUCCCUUCGAAGUUGUCAAACAUAUUAUUGUACCGGUCGAAAAACCUGUACCUUUCAAAGUCCCAGUAUACGAAACUAUUAUACAUACGAAAAAGGGAUCCCAUAAAAUUCGUUGAUUAAUUUCAUUUGUUGUUAAAAAUAUCCCAUAUCUUUGUUAAUUGUUGUUGAUUGUUUUAUGUG